CCCCAUUGACCCACACAGCAAGCAGCUCAGCUCAGCUCACGCCGGCGAAUUGUCUGCCACGGAACCACGCACCAACCUUGGUCCAUAAAUAGUGACUGUCAACACGGAAAAAGAUCACCAGUGUCCUCUUGUCACACGGAAAAAGACACAUCACAUGCACACAUGUCUUCGGCCACAGCGACUGAUGGCUCAAAAGGUGAGCAUGCGCACAAGGAGGAAACAGAAAGGCAGGAAAUAGCUUACACUUCACCCGUUUCUUUGCGAUACACUGGGCCCUCUCUACCAACGACCCUUUUCAUCAACAACACAUCAACAAAACCCUCUCUCUCUUCUCUCUUCUCUUGCGCUCCCUCCUUUGCUGUUGCUCAGACACUACUGUUGCGCCAUAUGUGCUACAUCGAUAUCCUCACACUGCCCACUAUACACCCAACGGACACCGAGAAAAAUGCGGCGCCGCGAUCGACGAGUCAAAUUAGUGACUCGUCGAGCACACGAGCGCCCCGCUGCAGCCAUUCGUCCCCAUCCGAGCAACACAAGAGGCAUGAACGUCACAUAGGAUCACGUUUCUCUAUCCGAUCGCGAGUUCGUUAGGUUUGUCGCACUCAGCCAAAUCGUAGAUCUCGGUGUCCACAAGGUCGUUCCAAUCGGUAAUGGGCUCCAUGUCCCUCUCACGCACCAGCACCUUGUUGUUCUCCUACACGCACACGCACACUCAGACAGUGAUACCACAGCUGAGCUUCUGUCUGUCUGUCUUUCUUUCUGUCUGUCUGUCUGUCUGUGUUGUCAGGUCCUCUCACCUCCCAAAGCUUGAACGUUUGUGGCGUCACUCGCCUUGAGACGACAUCCUCAUCUCGACCAGUGCGGCCGGCACGCAUGUAGAUCACCUUGCGAGGGGCCCGCUCUGACACGUAAGCAGACACAGAUGACUGCUGUGCCUCCCCCUGGGUGCGCGUCCUUUCUGCCUCACCUCUGACAACGAUGCUGCAUGUGAGCGGCGAGGAGGGGUCCGUCUGCACCGUGAUGCUCUCGUGUGGCAUCAGGGUCUUGCCGCUCAUCGUGAACACAAAGUCACGCGGGCUGUACUGAUUCAGGUGGGGCUUGAAUUCUUGUUUGAUGUCCCCUAUCAUCAGAUAGAGGGAACUCCGCCUCUUGACAUAAGCAGGGCCCAGUGUCCUCUCGUCGGGGAGGAUGACGAGCACGCAGGCAUCAGUGAGAGCCACAGGGCGCAUCUCGCCCAUGCUGAGAGCUUGCGCCUGAUGCCGACAUACACGGUGGCAAAGACAGUAGGUCGGAAAGUGCCUAAGUGCAGUUGUGCUGCUGUGCUGACUGACCUGAAGGGCUGUAGGUGCGUGGCUGUCAAGGUCACCAUCAGCAAGAGACCAGAGAAGAAAGUGCCGAUAGGCUGAAUCAGAUGCUGAUGCCCUCCUGAGAGCAGAAUGGCCAUCUCGUGAUGCGGCAUCGGAUAGGUGUGCGGGAGCAGGCAUCCACAGCAGCGGCUCCCUCCGCCGCAUCGAGAGAGCAGGGACGGGCAAAAGGAGAGGAAUGACAAACCAUAAGCCAGAGAUCACCAUGAUCCUCGAAUUUGUCG